CUGAUAAAAAAUAAUGUGCAGAUACUGAGAAUGGGAGCAUCCCAUCAUAACAAAUGUCUGCCCCAGCACAGAUUCCUUCCCAACCAUCUUGGCCACAUGUGAAGGUGAGGCCCUUUAUCUUAUUUGCCAAAUUAACAACCCCAACGCAAAUAAUUUCUCAUUUCUUGGCGAACUCAAGUUUGAAAUCUCUGCUCAGUGCUUACGCUUCUGGUUAGCUUGGUUCAUAGAGAGCUAGCUGUCUAAAAAUGGCACCAUCAUCAGCAACCUAUGUGGUUGGCUCUGCAACUACUCUUCUUCAGCCCCUUCUCCGGAAAAGAACCAUCCCCUUCAAUUCUUAUCAUAACGGUGCGUUUUGGACUUGGAAGGAGAACAAGAAGCAGCGGAAACUUACUUUCACUUCUACUUCUCUCUCAUCCAAGACUUGUUCUUGGCGUCCAAUUUCUGCUUCGCCUUUCGAUCUUUCCCCUCCACCUAUCGAUCUCGACCUCCUGGAAACAUUGACGGCAGAUGGGGCAAAAGCUUCAGAAGACGGGAUCAUUGAGACAUUUGAUAACGAUGAUGAAGCAUUAGAUGCUUUUGAUAAUGGGGUUGUGGUUUUGGACCUUUCACAUUUUGGACGGAUAAGAGUCAGUGGAGAUGAUCGCAUUCAGUUUCUUCACAACCAAAGCACUGCAAAUUUUGAAUGUCUUCUUGAAGGACAGGGAUGCGAUACUGUUUUUGUUACACCAACGGCUCGGACAAUAGACAUUGCCUAUGCAUGGAUCAUGAAAAAUUCAAUUAUGUUGGUGGUCUCACCAGUAACCUGUGGCAGCAUAAUUCAAAUGCUGAAUAAGUAUAUAUUCUUUGCUGACAAAGUAGAAAUUCAAGAUAUCACCAAGAAAACUUCCUUCUUUAUUGUAGCUGGACCAAAAAGCAAACAAUUGAUGGUCGAAUUGAAUCUUGGCGAUCUUGUUGGACAACCAUAUGGUACUCAUCGUCAUUAUAGUGUAAAUGGAAUGCCCAUAACUGUGGGAGUGGGCAAUGCCAUCUCUGAAGAAGGUUAUUCCCUGUUGAUGUCACCAGCAGCUGCAGGAUCUGUUUGGAAAACUCUUCUAUCACAGGGUGCUAUUCCAAUGGGUUCUAAUGCUUGGGAAAAACUAAGGAUUAUUCAAGGAAUACCUGCUCCUGGGAAAGAGCUCACUAAUGAAUUCAAUGUUCUGGAGGCUGGACUUUGGAACUCCAUUUCUCUAAACAAGGGAUGUUACAAGGGACAAGAGACCAUUUCUAGACUCAUAACAUAUGACGGAGUGAAGCAGAAAUUAUGGGCAAUUCUUCUAUCAGCACCAGCAGAACCUGGCAGUCUGAUUGCAGUUGAUGGUAGAAAAGUGGGAAGACUGACGAGCUAUACAUCUGGGAGAAAGGGAUCAGAACAUUAUGGCUUGGGCUACAUUAAGAGGCAAACUGUUUCGGAAGGUAGCACUGUAAUCGUUGGAGAGAGCAUUGUUGGAACAGUGGCGGAUGCUCCUUUUCUUACUCGGCAACAUCCACCAUCAAAGAGCCCUAGCUCUUGACCUCCUGUAACCAUUAAGUAAAGGUAGACAAAUUUUCAUGUGCUGGUUGAUACGUACUUGUUCUUCUUGUUCUUCACUUAUACCAAAUACAGACAUUGUAGAGUCAGUUUCUGUUGGAGACAACAUGUAAAUUGAAUGUUUGUGGCACACAAAAUGUUACCUGUGGAGCUUGGGGCUCUUUUAUCU